AUGAAGAAACAGCCGCAGCAGCACAGCAGCAGGGACUGCCAGGAGCCCCGGCCCCAUGUGGCCCCUUCAGCUGGAGGGGGGCCCGGGCAGGGGGGUGCCUGGAGGAGGCGGCGGCCCCUCUCGCUGCUGCCUUUCCUCUCGCUCCGCGACUACGGCUUCUGCAUGGCCGCCCUGCUGCUCUUCUGCCUGGGCUCCCUCUUCUACCAGCUCAACGGGGGACCCCCGCACUUUCUGCUGGACCUGAGGCACUAUCUAGGAAAUUCCACUUACUUGGAUGACCAUGGACCACCCCCACGCAAGGUACUUCCUUUCCCUAGCCAAGUGGUGUACAACAGAGUUGGAAAGUGUGGGAGUCGAACUGUGGUUUUGCUUUUGAGAAUCUUGUCAGAGAGGCAUGGGUUCAACCUGGUUACAUCAGACAUUCAUAACAAAACCAGACUGACCAAAAAUGAACAGAUGGAAUUGAUUAAAAACAUAAGCACUGCUGAGCAGCCCUAUUUAUUCACCAGACACGUUCAUUUCCUCAACUUUUCAAGGUUUGGAGGAGAACAGCCAGUGUACAUCAAUAUUAUUAGGGAUCCUGUCAACCGAUUUUUAUCCAACUAUUUUUUCCGUCGAUUUGGAGACUGGAGAGGGGAGCAGAAUCAUAUGAUCCGCACCCCAAGUAUGAGGCAAGAAGAAAGAUAUCUAGAUAUUAAUGUAUGUGUUCUUGAAAACUACCCUGAAUGUUCCAAUCCCAGGUUAUUUUACAUCAUACCGUAUUUCUGUGGACAACAUCCAAGAUGCAGGGAGCCUGGGGAAUGGGCCCUCGAAAGAGCAAAACUGAACGUGAAUGAAAAUUUCCUGCUUGUGGGGAUUCUGGAAGAGCUAGAGGAUGUGCUGCUUUUACUGGAAAGAUUCUUACCUCAUUAUUUCAAGGAUGUGCUCAGCGUCUACAAAAACCCAGAACAUAGGAAACUUGGCAAUCUGACUGUGACAGUGAAAAAGACCAUCCCUUCUCCAGAAGCUAUACAGAUCCUCUACCAGCGCAUGAGAUAUGAAUAUGAGUUCUACUACUAUGUCAAAGAGCAGUUUCACCUGCUAAAGCGCAAAUUCGGACUUAAGUCUCAUAGCAGUGAACCACCUCCCAAGCCAGAAUUCUUUAUUCCUUCUCCCCUGGAAACUGAAGAACCGAUAGAUGAUGAGGAGCAAGAUGAUGAAAAGUGGUUAGAAGAUAUCUAUAAAAGGUGA